AUGGAGAUGAUGUCGGGAAUGAUGGGCGCUGCCGCCCCAGCGCAGUGGACGCAACUUUGGGGUCCGUCAUUCGGAUCAGCAGGGUCACAGCCCAUGAGACGUUCAGCUCACGCCGUCACCGCCUUCGAGGACAAUCUGUACAUCUUCGGUGGCAUCAGUACGAACGCACUUGACGAAGAUAUCGAGCACAACGACACGUGGGUGUUCGACCUCGUUGAACGACAAUGGUCGGAAGUGGAAGUCGGCAACAAUCGGCCUUCGAAUCGGUUCCAUCAUGCCGGCGUGCUGCAUACAAACGCCAGUGUCAACGAGUUUGUCGUAUUCGGAGGACUGUCCCUCCUUGCUGCGGAGACUGACCAGACCACGCCAACGACGAGCAACAGUGUACCGGUAGUGCAGUACAACGAUGUUUGGCGCCUUUCAUUAACCGGCAACACCUCCGAAUGGAUAAUGGACCCCACUCCGCCGCAGUCCGAUGCCCCGGACGCUCGAUCUGAACCCGGAAUCGUGAUUCAUAACGACUAUCUGUACAUGUUCGGUGGCAUCGCGUACGACGAGAAAGGUGAAGACAGCCCCGUCGACUACAACGAUCUAUGGAGAUACGAUCUAGCCAACUACACCUGGGAGAAGAUGGAGCCGGCAGGGAAUGUACGGCCUCCCACUCGAUUUUCCCAUUCGGUGGCAGUGCUGUACGACGAUGACGAAACUGGUGAGGCGUAUCUACUUGCAUACAGCGGUCGCCACCUUCUGAUGUCGAGUUGGACGCUGCUGGACGACAUUUGGGCCUACAACUUUAACAGCAACGCGUGGAUGGCUGUCACCCCGUCGUCCGAUGUCCCCCGUGCAUACACCUCCAUUGUCACCACAAAAGGCUUGGAUAUGUGGUUUUUCGGUGGAUACUACAAGCCUCAACAGAGCUCCAGUGGCUACGUGUACGACGACGUCGUCCUCGGGAAAUUCGACUUGAAGAACAUGGCGAUGGAAGCGCGGCACGCCGUGAUCGAGAGCGACGAGGCGUCCCCACCGUUGCGCUACAACCAUCGCGCUGCUCUUUGGCGCGAGGACACCAUGGUUAUCCAUGGGGGUAGCUACCAGAGCCAACUUGGCGAUGUCUGGGUGUAUAAUACCACGAACGCAGAAACCACCGAAAUCUCGAACAAUACUCUACCGCUUGAUCCCGAGUCACUGGUGUACGUCCUGGGCGCCUUCAUCGUUACGUGUUGGUCAUGCCUGGCAUUAACCGUCAUAACUGGUUUCUUGUAUGACCAGGUGCGUGCUGCGCAAAUGCGAGGAGCUGCGGUGGUUCGCGGCGUCACGAAGGAACGCUUAGAGCAGCUACGCGUCACGAAGUACUGCCGCGCCGAGCGAAACCCACAAGCACCGACAGAGCCGCUCAACCCGGCAGAAGGCGGCUCAACGGAAAAUGACGAUGUGUGUCCGAUCUGUCUGAUCGAAUUCGAAGACGGCGAAGAUGUUCGCAAUCUGCCAUGCAAACACAUUUUCCACGUGGCUUGCAUCGAUGAGUGGCUCAAGCGCAACACGUCGUGCCCGAUGUGCAAAAGCAACGUGGAUCUGGACGCGGUGGAUAUCACCGUGGAAAACCUUUCAACUGGUAGAGGAGGCGCUGUGGUCACCCCCGUCCCCUAA